AGGUGGAAUGUAAGCCUCCCAGGACAGCGGCUCGACUCCUGGACAAGCUUGUAGGAGAAUUCAUUGAAGAAGAAUGUGUAAACCCCACAUACAUUAUUGAUCAUCCCCAAGUCAUGAGUCCCCUGGCAAAAUGGCAUAGAUCUAUACCAGGAUUGACAGAGAGAUUUGAGCUGUUUGUGUGUAAGAAGGAGAUUUGUAAUGCCUACACUGAGUUAAAUGACCCAGUAGUUCAGCGGGAGAGAUUUGAACAACAGGCAAAGGACAAAGCAGCAGGAGAUGAUGAAGCAAUGUUUGUAGAUGAUAACUUCUGUACGUCACUGGGAGAUGGUCUGUCCCCCACAGCAGGAUGGGGAUGGGGAUAGACAGACUGACCAUGUUCCUCACCGAUUCUUACAGCAUAAAGGAGGUGCUGCUUUUCCCUGCCAUGAAGCCUGACAUCACUAAAAAAUCAGGAGACGACCAGGACAAACAGAACCCAGGGCCUACCAGCUGACCAGGCUAAAAAUAGAACAGACUCAGCUGGGAGAUCUGUCUUCAAAGACUUGAUAGUUUUAUCUAUUUAUUUGUGUCAUUGCACUGUGCAGAUCUUUGGUGUACUUUGUUACAUAAAAACAGUUGUAAAGGA